AUGAGCGCAGCGUCGGGAAACAUGGCCGGCUUUGGCGCGCGCAAGUUCACGCACGACAUGUUCCAACAAAGCAGCGUCCAAUCAUACCCCACCGCACACUACGACCAUAACAACCAGUACUAUCCAGACAGCAGCCAAUGGGCACAACCAGCCCCGGCUCCAACUGUCAACCAUCGUCACUACCCUUCUCACGGCGCGUCCAGCCAUGGCUCCAAUGCUUCUUACGGCGGUCAAUCGGCUCAGACAGCGCGCACAUAUCGCAGGGAUGAAUAUGCUCAGCAUCAGUACAACACCUCGGCCACCACAUCUGCAAAGGCCGCCCCAGCUCCAGCUGCGCACACACGCGCUCCCGUCGCAAGAGCGCCUGCGAGAUCCGACACGCUGCAGUCGUCAGCUACGGACUCGACGGUCGGUCUAGCCUACGCGCAGAGCAACGACAGCGCGUACGCCCAACAAACUGCGUACCAGUCCAACGACAGCAGCUAUCGCAGCAACGACAGCCUGUUCCCACCAAGCCAUCGUUCGCGCGCGACGCAUGACCCGCCAGGCAGGACUGCGGACCGCACUACCGUCUACGACGACGACUACGAGGAGCCCGUCUACUCGAAUACGGUCGACGAGAUGUUCCGCGCCUCGUCGCCCGCAUCGGCGACGCGCGGCGACGAGUCGGUGGAUGUCUCGUUCACCAUCGUGCGUGCCACGGUGCUCGAGCCCGUGCUGCCCAAGGCAAAGUGCGCCGACUGCGGCGACUCGCUCGACUUUGAAGAGCUCGCCAGCCACACCUGCCCGCCAGCCAGCGCGUCCAAAUUGCCGCUGCUCACGAUCCAGGUGCCGCCGUCGUCGAGCAGCUCGGCGGUCUCGUCCACCGCCACCAGCCCCGCCAUCGCCACGCCGCGAUCGCCCUUCUUUGACAGGUACGACCACUUGAUCAGCCAGAGCGGCCCGGCGAGCCCGGCACUGCUGGGUACCAUCAGCCCCACAGUCGAUGUUAAGCGACGCGACGAGGAGACGCCCACCGCCCACGCCGUCAAGAUCAUCGGAACGCACGCUGCAGUCAAGGUGUCGAGCAUCCAAACGUCGCAGGCGGUGCCUCUGAAGGCCGCGAGGUCGCCACCCGUCCAGCCGCCGCCCAUGCAGCGCUCGGCGAGCGACACGGACGCAGACGCCGUCGCAGCCGCACGCAGAAAGAUGAUCGAACAACAGAGGGCGGCCAAGAAGAAGGACAUCAUGGCAAACACCAUGCCGCGAGCAGCCACCACCUCGAGCCUGUACAAGCCCGAGGCUGCGGUUGCGCAAGCGGCGGGUGCGGCGGCGAGGUCGAUGUCGACGCGAGUGGGCGCAUGCAACGGCGCAACCAGUCGGCUCUCGGCGUCAGAGGCACAGCAUGCCAAGAAGGAAUCCUCGUCUUCCGUCUCGUCGACUGCCACCGACGCUUCCGAUCGCCAGCGCGCGUACGUCGGCAAGGCCUCGAGCACGGUCAACAUGACGCCGAGUUCGAGCUACGAACGCAUCGAGUCGCACUCGACGCCGACCAAGCCGAUGCGCGAUCGUGCGCCCGUGGAUCUGAGCAGCAUCGAAGAGAUGAUGAAGGGCCUCACUGCGAGUCCCGAGCCUCUGCAGCGGAUGCUUGGGGAUGCAGGUCGGAGCGAGCGCGAGCGUGCGCUGGAGGUGGAGCUGGAGCGGCUGCGCGACAAGGAGCGCACGCGGCAGCUGCAGGCGCUGCGGCUCAAGGAGAAGAAGCGCAAGGAGCGUGCGGCGAAGCGAUGCUGUGUGUGCGACUGCUCGCUCUCGUCGAGCCGCACGCCGUUUGUGGAGCGCGACGGCAAGCUGCUGUGUGCACGCGACUGGAAGGAGCUCUACCUGCCCAAGUGUCGCAAGUGCAACCUCAGCGUGGAAAAGGGCGCGGUCAAGUCGUCGGAUGGAGCGCUACGCGGCGUGUUUCACCGUGCGUGCUUUGCGUGCGCGGCGUGCGAGGCGCCGUUUUCAGAUGGCAGCUUCUACGUGUUUAACAACCAGCCGUACUGCGGCCGCCACUACCACCGGCUCAACGGCAGUUUGUGCCGCGAGUGCGAGGGUGGCAUCGAGGGCGACUGUAGGCAGACCGACACGGGCGACCGAUUCCACCCACACUGCUUCAGCUGCCAGUACGCUUCGAAGAACGGCGCGUGCAGCCAGCCGCUGGCAGAGUACUACAUGGUCGGAGGCCAAAGGCUGUGCGAACGCCAUGCGGACAAGGUCGGUCGAAGACUCGCCAAGGCGGGUCAGAGGCAGCACGACCUGCGCGCGCACAAGCGCAUGACCAUGCUCCACAGCCUCAGAUGA